AUGACCCCGCGAGCAGGAACGAUGCGGCUGGCCUGCAUGUUCUCGUCCAUCCUGCUGUUUGGAGCCGCAGGCCUCCUCCUCUUCCUCAGCCUGCAGGACCCCACGGAGCUCACCCUCCAGCAGGUGCCAGGAAUAAAGUUCAACAUCAGGCCACAGGAGCCCCACAGCGACCUCCCAUCAGGCAGUUCCCAGGAUGGUGACUUUAAGGCACCCACAGAGAGGAUCACCCGAGACUUGUCCAGCGGGGCCCCGAGGGGCCUGAACCUACAGGUGUCCCAGCAGCCUCAAGCCCACCUAAACGUGGGGGCCCGUCUGCAACCCCGGCAGCGCCGCCGGCGACUGCUUAUCAAGAAAAUGCCAGCUGCGGCGGCCAUCCCGGCCAACAGCUCGGCUGGUACGUUCGUCCGGCCUGCACCCCGGGCCCUGGACGGCCGUUGGGUCAGCCUUCACCAGAGCCAGCAGGAGCGCAAGCGGGUGAUGCGGGAGGCGUGCGCCAAGUACCGGGCGAGCAGCAGCCGCAGGGCGGUCACACCCCGCCACGUGUCCCGCAUCUUCGUGGAGGACCGCCACCGCGUGCUGUACUGCGAGGUGCCCAAGGCAGGCUGCUCCAACUGGAAGCGGGUGCUCAUGGUGUUGGCCGGGCUGGCCUCGUCCACCACCGACAUCCAGCACAACACCGUCCACUACGGCAGCGCCCUCAAGCGGCUGGACACCUUCGACCGCCAGGGCAUCCUUCACCGUCUCAGCACCUACACCAAGAUGCUCUUCGUCCGCGAGCCCUUCGAGAGGCUGGUCUCUGCCUUCCGCGACAAGUUUGAGCACCCCAAUAGCUACUAUCACCCCGUCUUCGGCAAGGCCAUCCUGGCCCGAUACCGGGCCAACGCCUCUCGGGAAGCCCUGAGGACGGGCUCCGGCGUGCGGUUCCCCGAGUUCAUCCAGUACCUGCUGGACGUGCACCGGCCCGUGGGUAUGGACAUCCACUGGGACCACGUCAGCCGGCUGUGCAGCCCCUGCCUCAUCGACUAUGACUUUGUGGGCAAGUUUGAGAGCAUGGAGGAUGAUGCCGACUUCUUCCUGAGCCUCAUCCGCGCGCCGCGGAACCUGACCUUCCCGCGGUUCAAGGACCGGCACUCGCAAGAGGCGCGGACCACCGCACAGAUCGCCCACCAGUACUUCGCCCAGCUCUCGACCCCGCAGCGGCAGCGCACCUACGACUUCUACUAUAUGGACUACCUGAUGUUCAACUACUCCAAGCCCUUCGCAGACCUGUACUGA